AGUGCCCAUUUGGCCAGUGAACUCCGCCUAUGACGUCAUUAUUACUGGUGGCAAAGGGCCUACGCUAAAGAAAUUGAAAAUCGUUUUUAUAAUUAAUAUGAUUGUUAGCAAUAGUGUUUGUUAAAAAAAAUUUCGGUAUGGAUUUUGUGAAUAUCUUCUUUCCAGUUGUUCUGAUCAUGUUUCACAUUACUUAUAAUUCCGCUGGAGAUUCCCCGUUCUCUUUAAAGCUAAACGUGACGUCAUUGCACUAUGUGAAUGAGGGCGAAAACAUGGCAGUGUUAUGUCACACAGACUGCAGACAAUGUAAGGUAGUGUGGACGUUCAAGGCAGAGACUAUAUCAAGAAGUGGGGUGCUGUCGCUAAGCAACGUAAGCUGGCCACACAUUGGUAUCUACACGUGCGUGGCAUACGGCGAUGGAACCAAACCAGUACACAAAAAUACUACUUUGAAAGUUCAUUCCAUUUUCACUUGCCUUAGCACCGCCACCCUCAAAAAUGUGUAUAAAAGUCUGGAUUCGGCGCUGAAUAUGUACAUUUCAGUGUACGGACAGUGGACGGGAUGGGCGUUUGCCGCCAGAGAGUGCCUACCCACGUGUAGUGGUUUUCAGACGUCCAAGAGGAUGUGUUUGAACCUCUACGACGACAUCACUUCCGGGUCGCCCAGGUGUCACGGACAGAGCACAAUCAGCACGGAGGAGAAAUGUUGUGAUACCAAUCUCUCAGGAUUAGUAGCUGGAAUAGUUUGUGGGGUUCUGUUGCUAUCGGGAUUUGGACUGUAUCGUUAUAGACGUAAACGAAUUAUUAAGCGUCAGGAUUCGAAGAUCUACCGGUCGAGUAUCUUCACCGUUGGCGACUGGGACACCCACAGUUCCGAAUACCCGUCAUUCACAUUGUCGAACGUCGCUGUUCCGAAAGACAUGAAGUUCUAGCUACAGAAGAGUGAACCGUGAAGACCUCUGUUCCUAAAAUUCAAACACGACAUACCGUUUUAAACAAAUUUGACUCAUCUCAGUCCUGCGUUCAGCAAUAGGAUGCUACGCUAACGUCCGCGGACUAUUUGAUUGGUGAAACACGUCAAAAAACGAAAAAAGGUCUAGAUGACUUUUCCGUACCCUAUCUGGCUGAACGCAGAUGGGAUCUUACUUGUGAUCAGUGUUAGGUGCGUCUGCCAAAAGAUCAGAUAGCCGGUGCCAUUUCGUGUCCAGAUAAUCUUUUGUCGUCAACAAUCAUUUCUAAUGUGUUAAAAGCUGCAGUUUAUAACAUCGUUUUCCUAAUGCAAGAUACAAACAGCUGCUGUUUUAUAUACUAUAUAGUAGGGGUGGAGCUGAUCGAGGGCGCAAAGGAAGGUUUCUAGGGGUGGUUCGUGGGUAUGUUCCCCCGUAAAAGUUUUAAAACGAUGUCCUGAAAUGCAAAAAAAAAAAGAGAGUAAAAUUCAUAGGGGGGUACUAUCAAUAUGUACCGUCAACUGUCUUAAUACGACAGUCUGGUCUUCAGCCAACUUUGGUGAUUACAUUGUUACAAGGAAAAGCAUAACUUAACAACCCACGCAAAUUAACUUCUUUUCUUUCUUUUUUUAGAUUUAAGGCAUUUUUGUGUGACAUUAAUUAAACCAAUAGGGCCCUGUUUUACGAAGCGAUCUUAACGCUAAGAUCACUUUAAGUGCAUAAGGAUGCGUGCGUCUAAAAACGAAGGCGCUAAGAUUGCUUAGUAAGACGGGGCCCCUAGGUCCGUAUGAACGAUGUAUGGAGUAUUUGUGAGGGGAGGGGGUGGGGGAGGGGGCACAGUCUUUAAUAGGUGUUGGAUGUGCACAAGCCACAUUUAAAUUAUAUAAACUAGGUGAUGAGACACAUUAGUUUUAAUGAGACCGUCUAGACUGGAUGUGUGCGUCCGCAAUGAAAUAAUCGUAUAUGGUGCAAUGUCCAAAACGAAAACCGCAGACGCACACACGCGCCGAAUCCAAUCUAUAUGAGCCAUACGGGGCCGUCCAUAAUUUUCAACAUUUUCACGAGCGUACAAACCAUACGCUGGGGGUGGGGGGGGGGGGGGGGGGGGUGUUAAGGGGC